GAUUUAGGAAUGGAGUCAACCUCUCUGGAUGAUGUCCUCUAUCGAUACGCCAGCUUCCGAAACCUGGUGGAUCCAAUCACUCAUGACUUGAUCAUCAGCCUUGCCAGAUACAUCCACUGCCCCAAACCGGAGGGGGACUCCCUCGGGGCCAUGGAGAAGCUCUGCCGGCAGCUCACCUACCACCUGAGCCCCCACUCGCAGUGGAGACGUCAGGGCAUCAUGAAGAGGAAGCCACAGGCCUGCUUGAAAGCUGUCCUGAUGGGGAAGCCUCAGGACAACACGGUGGACUUGUCGGGGAUCCCGCUGACGCUGAAGGACCUGGAGCGCGUGAGGUCCUACCUGCAGCAGAGCUCGGAGCACAUCGACACGGUGGAGCUGUGCUUCACCGAGCUGACAGAUGACAUGCUCCUGCAGCUGCUGCCCGCCCUCUGCCUGCUGCCCCACCUCACCACCCUCUCCCUCAACGGCAACCGCCUCACCAAAGCCAUCCUCCGGGACCUCACCGAAACCUUGAAGGACCCCAAGAAGUUCCCCAGCGUCACCUGGAUCGACUUAGGCAACAACGUGGACAUCUUCUCCUUGCCUCAACCCUUCUUGGUCAGCCUAAAGAGACGCUGCCCCAAGCAAGGCAAUUUGCCAACCAUUCUGGAGUUUGGGGAGGGGCAGGUCAGUGAUUUGGAGAACCAAGAGGGCUUGGCUGAGAGCCAGGAGGACCUGUGGGCUGGGCCAGGCCAGGCUGCCAGCACAGGCAGGCUGCAGGCAGAGAGAACAGCCACGGGCGGGGUGCCCCCCGGCUCGGAGCGAGGUGCUGCUGCACCCCAGACGUGA